AUGAGUUCCAAACUCUAUUGUCGAUUAUUGCUCCUAUGCUGUUUGUUUUCCAACUACGCGUUUGCGGUCGGGAAACUGGAGCGGGUGAGUCUUCUUCGGGGAGGAGGAGAACAAGGAGCAAGCACCACAGAGGAGGACGAAGUAGCCAAACUCAAACAGGAACACAUGCUCUUGCCCAACUCGAAUCUUCCACGGCAACGCGUAACAGAGUCUGGCCAAUUCAAAGCCAAUGGAAGAACAUACUCCGUGAAGGAUCUUCAGCCCUUCAAUGUGUUCACCUACGAUGGCACCAUCAUGGUGGAUGGUGAGCCACAGCCUUUGGAAGACGAUUCCAACCGUAGUCGCUUGUUCAUGCGCAAAGGAGAGCACGGAGAGACAAUCUUAGUGUCAAGAGAGGGCGAAAAGGAGGACACGGAUGGAAGGAUCAAGUCCAUUGACGUUCUUGGUCAUGACGGCACGGAAGUCUUCCUGCAGGCACUUAGUGACGGAUCUCUAGUUUCCAUCCGUCAAGAAGAUGUUGAUCGACAAAAGCUAAAGGGACUUUCCAUUGGUGGUAUCCGAGGUGAUGAAGACGAGCUCAUUCUGGAUCCGAACAUUGAUGAUGACAGUGGAAAUAACCGAAAGCUUCAGCAAGGAUGUUCAUCGUACAAGGUUGUCGAGGUUGCAAUUGCCUAUGAUUCCAGCUUUUGCUCCCAGGUGGCACGGGGAUCUCCAGAUACUGCAAGAAGUGUUGUGGAAGCAGCUGUGGCCAGAGCAGCACUUUUGUUUGAAGAAAUCUGUAUCCGUGUCCGUCUCAGUCACUUGGAAGGUUACUGCACUGCCAGUCAAGACCCAUAUCGAACGGCAAUGGCUACCAAUGAUAUUGGUUGUGGGAGUCGCCGAGGUGCUCUUCAAGUCUUUCAAAACAUUUGGCAAAACUCCCGAACCAAUAUUAAUCGGGACGCGGCUCAUUUGUUCUAUGGAACCAACUUUCCUGGAUCGGCUAUUGGGUGCGCAAGUACUCCAGCCCUUUGCAAUUCUCAAUCGUAUGGAGUGAAUCAAAUGUCCAUCUCUUCCAAUCCAAUCUUUCAAGGCAACUUGUUUGCUCACGAGUUGGGUCACAACAUGGGUUCUCCUCAUGUGAGUGACCCCACCAACAGUGGAAACUUCUUGAUGGAACCCAGUUUGAACAGCGCCAGCAAUGGCCUCUCUUCCCAGUCCACUCGAUCCAUUCAAAACUACAUCAGUCGACGCAGCUGUGUUUCCACCGAAGAUGGAGACAGCAACGGUGGUGGAGGUGAUACUGGAGGAGACAACAAUGGGGAUGACAACAACGGAGGAGGCUCGAAUGGAGAAUCCUUUCGUCUCGAGAGUUCCCUCCAUCAAGGUUUCUGCGUGGCUGUUCAAGGUAAUGUCAAUCUGACUAAUGGUACUCCCGUCAACUUGGAGCGCUGCAACGAUUCUUCCAGUGCCCAAAAUUGGAUCUGGGAUCCACAAACCCGCCUGAUCCAAUCCACUGCUCCUGGAAACAAGUGCCUCUAUCCUCUUGGAAAUGCCCGGAAUGGAGCCCGGAUGGUAGUUUGGGAUUGCAAUCCAUCCUUUUCGUAUGCCGAAUGGUCUUACUACAGCGACCGUUCCCUUCGCCCCGAUUUUGCCACUCGCAAAUGCCUCGAUGUCUUGAAUGCCAAUGGGGAAACCUUGCAAAUGUGGCAAUGCAAUGGUACUCAAGACAAGCAGUGGUUGGUUCGUAGGUAG